CGCCCGGCCCGGCCCGGCCCGGCCCGGCCCGGCCCCACCGGAGCCGCCCGCGGGGUCGGGCCCGGCCCCGCCAUGGCCGAGGAUUUCUGGGAGGCUCCGCGCCGCUGAGCCGGUGGCCAUGGACCGCAUGAAGAAGAUCAAGCGGCAGCUCUCCAUGACGCUGCGGGGCGGCCGCGCCCCCGACAAGGGCCUGGGGGACCCCCGCGACGGCAGCGACAGCGAGCCGGGGGGGGACGAGGCGCGGAUGGGGUCGGACGGGGAGAGCGACCCCCCCUCGGGGACAUCCUCGGAGGAGGUGGCGUCACCCGUGAGGCUGCGGCAGCACCCGCGGCACGGCGCCGGCGAGGACGUCACCAAGCGUUUGUCCCUCCCGGCCGACCCGCGCCUGCCCGAGGCUCCGCUGGGGCUGCCCGGGGCCCUGAGCCGCCGCCUGCGCCGCGUCUCCCUGUCGGAAAUCGGCUUCGGGAAACUGGAGACGUACGUGAAACUGGACAAACUGGGCGAGGGCACCUACGCCACGGUGUACAAGGGCCGCAGCAAACUGACCGAGAACCUGGUGGCACUGAAGGAAAUCCGCCUGGAGCACGAGGAGGGGGCGCCCUGCACGGCCAUCCGCGAGGUGUCACUCCUGCGGGACCUCAAACACGCCAACGUGGUGACGCUGCACGACAUCGUGCACACGCCGCAGUGCCUGACGCUGGUCUUCGAGUACCUGGACCGGGACCUCAAGCAGUACCUGGAUGAUUGUGGGAACGUCAUCAGCAUGCACAACGUCAGGCUGUUCCUGUUCCAGCUCCUGCGGGGUCUCGCCUUCUGCCACCGCCACAAAGUUCUGCACCGCGACCUCAAACCCCAAAACCUCCUCCUCAGCCGCCGGGGGGACCUCAAACUGGCGGAUUUCGGCCUGGCCCGGGCCAAGUCCAUCCCCACCAAGACGUUCUCCAGCGAGGUGGUGACGCUCUGGUACCGCCCGCCCGACAUCCUGCUGGGCUCCACCGAGUACAGCACCCAGAUCGACAUGUGGGGGGUCGGCUGCAUCUUCUCGGAGAUGGUGACGGGGCGGCCGCUGUUCCCCGGGGCCACCGUGGAGGAGCAGCUGCACUUCAUCUUCCGCCUGCUGGGGACCCCGACGGAGGAGACGUGGCCGGGCAUCGGUGCCAACGCCGAGUUCCGGGCGCAGCAGUACCCGCUGUACCCGCCCGAGGGGCUGCGGCAGCACGCGCCGCGGUUGGACCAAGAUGGCGCCGACCUCCUGGGGCAGCUGCUGCAGUUCGAGGGGCGGCGGCGGCUGCCGGCGGCGGAGGCCAUGGGACAUUCCUUCUUCGGCUGCCUGGGGGCGCGCGUCAGCGCCCUGCCCGACACCACGUCCAUCUUCGCCCUGAAGGAGAUUCAGCUGCAGAAGGAGCCGGGGCUGCGCUCGGGGGCCCUGCCCCCCACAGGUUCUUCCGCCUUCCGGGUGCUCGACACCGAGUUCUGACGUUGAGCAGGUGAGGCCCCCCAAAAUUUGGGAUCAGCUCCCAAAAUUUGGGAUCAGCUCCCCCAAAAUCCAGGAUCAGCCCCAAAAUUUGGGAUCAACUC